AUGGCCGACCUCUGUUCUAGAGCAACACGUUCCCACCUCGCAAGCACGGCAGAUACGCGGACCGGCGCUCUGUAUGCGGGCAGAAUCGCCGUCAACAUGAUCAACAUCGCAGUCCAACCUCCUACCCAGGUCCAAGCAGGUGCGGUUCUCUACCCGCCGCUUGUCCUGAGCUCCGAAAGUGACGCCGCCUACGAUUUCGUCCAAGUCAUCCUGCUCGAUCCCUAUGGCCACGUGCUCGAAGAUCAGCUCUACGGCACCCUUUCGACAUCCAAGAAGGCUCUGGAAGAUGGGACCGUCGGCGGAAGCAGCCAGUGUCUGGAGUUUGCGGUUUUCCCCGACCUGACUCUGAGUUAUUCUGGGAGCUAUACACUUCGUGUAAAUGCGAUUCGCAUGGACUAUAGCUGCCCUGAUGGACCAGCCGCUGUCAUCGUCAUGUCGGUCACGACUCGCGAGAUUUACGUCUAUGAUCAGCGCGUGGCGUCGGAAAUUCCUUCCAGCGAAGAGAAGACCCUACUGAGCAGACUGCGCCGCAGUCGUGGUUUUGGCGUUCCUCGUCCGCCAGGCCGGAGAUAG